AUGAAUUCGAAGAAUUCGAAGAAUUCGUACUCAGAGUAUUCUGGGGUUUUGGACCAACAACAACCAUACAUCCUUACGGGCCUGAAUUCCUCUACCGCCUUAUCUGUGAACUUGGAAGAGGACGGCAAGAAGAAGAAAGGGAAGGUCAGCGUUGUCUACACCUAUACCUACGAAGAAUGGUGA